CAAGUGAGCAGGGGCCUGUCUCCUCAAAUGCUCAGCUAACGGUACCAACCGAGGACGCCGACAGCACCGAGGGACUACAUCCCACAGAGACUAAACUCUGCCGAGUUUGUUGGAUCUGGACUUUUGCCGGGACAACUAGCUCGGUAGCUAACCCUGUGGCGCAUUAUUUUGCAGCUUCAAAGCAGCCGGCGGCGGGACACGCUCAGACCCAGCAGGGCAAAACUUAAGUGUGCGCGAUGGGGCUGCUGUCACAGGGAUCUCCACUGAACUGGGAAGAAACCAAGAAAUAUGCCGACCACAUCCGAAAGCACGGCAUCAUCCAGUUCGUCAACAUCUACAAUAAGGUUAAGGAGCGCCAGAAAGAUGUGCUGAAAUGGGGAGAUGAGGUUGAGUACAUGCUGGUGGAGCUGGACGACAAGGAUGAAAAGGUUCGACUUGUGUUGAACAGCGACGACGUUUUGGAAACUCUUCAGGAAAAGGGUGAAAAAAUAAACCCCAAUCAUCCCACGCUUUGGAGACCAGAAUAUAGCCGUUACAUGAUUGAGGGAACUCCUGGGCAGCCGUACGGUGGGACCAUGUCAGAGUUCAACACUGUGGAGAGCAACAUGAGGAAGAGACGUCAGGAGGCGUCAUCUGUCCUGAACCAGAAUGAAACCCUCUGCACCAUCACCUCGUUUCCAAGGUUAGGUUGCCCAGGUUUCACCCAACCAGAGUAUCGGCCGACUCCUGUUGAAAAAGGAGUUUCAAAGUCGCUGUUUUUCCCAGAUGAAGCAAUCGGCGCACACCCAAGAUUCAGCACUCUCACAAGAAACAUACGUCAUCGAAGAGGCGAGAAGGUUGUGAUAAAUGUGCCAAUCUUCCAAGAUGUGCGCACCCUCAAUCCAUUUGUGGAGAAGUUCCCUGAAGAUGAUGGCGAAGCAGCAAGAGCGUCUCUGCCCAACCACAUCUACAUGGACUGCAUGGGCUUCGGCAUGGGCAACUGCUGUCUUCAGGUGACAUUCCAGGCUUGCAGCAUCGAUGAGGCAAGAUACCUUUAUGACCAACUAGCACCAAUUUGCCCCAUUGUGAUGGCCUUGAGUGCAGCGUCUCCUUUCUACAGAGGCUACGUGUCGGACAUCGAUUGCCGCUGGGGAGUUAUUUCCGCCUCAGUGGAUGACCGGACUCAUGAGGAGCGUGGACUGAAGCCUUUGAAAAACAACAAAUACAGGAUUUUUAAGUCCAGAUAUGACUCAAUUGACAGCUACUUGUCCUGCUGCGGUGAGAAGUACAACGACAUCGAUUUGAUAAUAGACAAGGAGAUCUACCAGCAGCUGCUUGGUGCAGGGAUUGACAAGCUUCUGGCUCAACACGUAGCUCACCUCUUCAUACGAGACCCGCUCUCCGUCUUUGAGGAGAAAAUACAUUUGGAUGAUGAAAAUGAAUCGGAUCACUUUGAGAAUCUUCAGUCAACCAACUGGCAAACGAUGAGGUUUAAACCCCCACCUCCGAACUCUGAGAUAGGCUGGAGAGUUGAGUUUCGCCCCAUGGAGGUGCAGCUGACGGACUUUGAAAAUGCUGCGUAUGUGGUGUUUGUCGUGCUGCUCACCAGAGUGAUCCUGUCUUACAAACUGGACUUCUUAAUCCCUUUGUCAAAGGUUGAUGAAAACAUGAAGAUGGCGCAGAAGAGAAAUGCUGUCAUGGAGGGAAUGUUUUACUUCAGGAAAGACAUCUUUAAAGGUUGCAACCCGGUCCUCGAUGGCGCCGCUUCUGCUCAGAACGGCUUGGGAACCAAUUGUGGAAACGAGGAGUACACACUGAUGAGUAUAGACACAAUCAUCAACGGAAAGGAGGGAGUAUUUCAGGGGCUAAUCCCAAUUCUCAACUGCUAUCUGGAAAACAUGGAGGUGGACGUGGACACCAGAUGCACCAUUUUGAAUUAUCUAAAGCUCAUCAAGAAGCGUGCCUCAGGCGAACUGAUGACCAUGGCCAAGUGGAUGAGGGAGUUUGUGGCAAAGCAUCCAGAAUAUAAGCGGGACAGCGUCAUAACCGACAAGAUCAACUACGAUCUGUUCAAAAAGUGUGACAGGAUUGCAAGAGGCGAGGAGCAGUGCCCCGAGCUUUUUGGGAACCCAGUUAACCGGGUGGAAUGAGACGCACAGCAGAAAUGCUUCAUGAUUUUUUUUAUUCGCAUGUAAGACAACGACCAAAUGAAAGAGGUCCAAU